AUGGCAGGAGCUCAGGUGGGGCUCCCAGGACCCUUCCCAGAGCCCCCAGCUGGGCCAUGCCCUGUCUCUGACUCCGACUCAGACUCUGAGGAUGCGACUGCAGGUGACACAGGAUCCGGCACCGGGGCACAGAACCCUUCCCAGGUCAUCCACAGUGGCCACUUCAUGGUGUCAUCCCCCCACAGCGACUCGCUGCCCCGCCGGCGCCACCACCGCACCGAGCUGGAACCAGCGGAUCCCCGGAGCAUCGACCCAACCCUCACUCGGCUCUUUGAGUGCAUGAGCCUGGAGUACAGUGGGAAGCUGGUGUCUCCAAAGUGGAAGAAUUUCAAGGGCCUGCGGCUGCUUUGCCGGGAUAAAAUCCGUCUCAACAACGCUAUCUGGAGAGCGUGGUACAUCCAGUAUGUGGAGCGGAGGAAGAACCCUGUGUGUGGCUUCAUCACCCCGCUGGAGGGGUCAGAGGCUGAUGAGCACCGAAAACCAGAGGCUGUCGUACUGGAGGGCAACUACUGGAAACGCCGCAUAGAGGUGGUGAUGAGGGAGUACCACAAGUGGAGGAUCUACUACAAGAAGCGGCUUCGCAAGUCCACCCGGGAGGGAGAGGUCUCCAGCCCAAAGCGGGAUGAGGAUGUCUGGAGGCCAACGGAGAAAUGGUGCAACCAGCUCUUCUGUAACGUGGUGCCCAUGCUGCUUGGGGAUGAGGAAGAGGAGCCGGGGGGUAGGCAGCACUUCGACUUGGACACCUUCCUCUCAGACAUCUCUGACACCCUCUUCACCAUGACACAGACACCCAGCACCCACCAGGCACUCCCUGAGGAUGCGUAUGUUGGGAAUGCUGACAUGAUACAGCCGGACUUGGCACCCCUGCAGCCCAGCCUGGAUGAUAUGGAGAUCUCAGAUCUCUUUACUGGCCACCGGCCACCACCGUCGCAGAUGCAACCGGACUACCAGGAGCCACCCUCAAAGGGACAGGUCUGGUCCCCGGCGUGCACUGGGCGCUGGUCCCCCGACCUCCCACUUCCCUCUGCCUUUUCCCCACAGCGGAGCACCGUCCCUGAUGUCCCUGCCGCUUUCCUCUCCAGAAUGGCCCAGCUGAGCCCAGGGCUGGCUCCCGGCUCCAGCCAUUCCCAAGCAGUGCCAGGUCUAGUGCCGGCGCUGGGCACCCAGCCAGGCGUACUGCUGGUCCCCAAGGCAGAGCGGCUGUCCCCCACUUCGGCUUGCGGCAGUGACUGGCCCAAGCCCAGCCAGGCUUCCCCGGCACCUUCUGUGAGGCUGGGUGCUGGCAUCUCCCUGCACCACCCUGUGUCCCGUCAGGGCAGGCCUGAGUCCAGCAAGAUGGAGAGUCGCCGCAUCACACACAUCUCUGCCGAGCAGAAGAGACGCUUUAACAUCAAGCUGGGCUUUGACACGCUGCACAGCCUGGUGAGCACGCUGAGUGCCCAGCCCAGCAUCAAGGUCAGCAAGGCCACCACCUUGCAGAAGACAGCCGAGUACAUCUGCAAGCUGCAGCAGGAGCGGGCGGCCCUGCAGGAUGAGGCACAGCAACUGCGGGAGCAGAUCAAGGAGCUCAAUGGCUCCAUCAACCUGUGCCAGGAGCAGCUGCCGGCCACGGGGGGGCCCAUCACGCACCAGCGCUUCGACCAGAUGCGCAGCAUGUUCGAUGAGUACAUCCGCUCCUCCACGCUGCAGAACUGGAAGUUCUGGAUUUUCAGUAUCAUCAUCCGGCCCCUCUUUGAGUCUUUCAACAGCAUGGUCUCCACGGCCAGCAUGGAGAGCCUCACCCAGACGUCUCUUACCUGGCUGGAUCAGCACUGCUCCCUCCCAGCGCUUCGGCCGACCGUCCUGAGCUCCCUCCGGCAGCUGAGCAUUUCCACCUCCAUCCUGAGUGACCCGGCCUGCAUCCCCGAGCAGGCAACGCAGGCAGUGGCAAGCAUGGGCCGAGGCGGCGGCUCCUCUUAG